CCAUCCCCAAGCCUCCCUGGAGGCAGGUAUCUCGCUGCUGAUUUGUCUCUUUAUUCCUUGCCUCAUUCUUAAGGGGCGGGGAGGGGGACCCAGAAGCAAUUAACUCCGCUUUUUUAUUUUGUUACCUUUCAUGUCAAAGAACUUUUGUUAGGCGGUUAUUCCCACGCAUGCAGGGUUGCAAACUGCAGGAGAUGGCCAGUGCCCAGGAGAUGUAAGAAGCCUGGGAGAAUCCCACCCUGGGAGUGGUACUUGCUUUGUGUGUGUGUGUGUGUAGCCUCCCACUCCAGUUGUCUUUUUUUUUUUUGAAUGCUGUGCAGUGAUUCUGUGAAAUGCUUUUUUGGUUAAAAGAAGAAGAAAUGUCACAUCAGGAGCUAACCCAGCGACUGGCUACAGUCAUCACUCAUGUGGAUGAAAUCAUGCAGCAGGAGAUAAGGCCGUUGGUUGCAGUGGAUAUAAUUGAGCAGCUCCACAGGCAAUUUGCCAUCCUGUCAGGAGGCAGAGGGAAGGAUGGGGCACCCAUUAUAACUUUCCCAGAGUAUGCAGGGUUCAGCGAUAUACCCGACGAGGAUUUUCUGAACGUUGUGACGUAUUUAACCAGCAUUCCCAGUCUGGAGGCUGCCAGCAUUGGAUUCAUCAUCGUUAUAGACCGACGACGGGACAAAUGGAGUGCGGUAAAGGCAUCCCUGACACGGAUAGCUGGAGCUUUUCCAGGGAACCUGCAGCUGGUCUUCGUCCUGCGGCCCUCCCGCUUUAUUCACAGGACAAUCGCUGACAUCGGCAUUAAACUCUAUCGAGAUGACUUUAAAAUGAAGGUACCGAUCAUCAUGUUAAAUUCUGUUUCGGAUCUACAUGGCUAUAUUGACAAAAGUCAGCUAACCCGGGAGUUAGAGGGAACCCUGGAGUAUGGCCACAGUCAAUGGAUACACCAUCGAACUGCCAUUGAGAACUUUGCCAUGACAGUGAAAACGACAGCACAGAUGCUACAGACCUUUGGAACGGACCUGGCAGAGACUGAGCUUCCCAACGAUGUGCAGUGCACAGAGGAACUCCUCUCCUCCCACACAGAGCACCACAACAAGCUGAAGGAUGAGCUGAAACUAGCUGUGAAGCAGGGGGCCACGCUACUGACGUGUAUUAGAGAGCCAGUCACGCGGAGCUCCACUAGCAAACUCAGUCCAGACGAGCUAGAAAAUGUAGCGACGGUGGAAAGGUUAUUGGCUCAGUUGGAUGAAACAGAAAAGGCUUUUGAUCAAUUUUGGUCCAAACAUCACCUAAAACUGGAACAGUGCCUUCAGCUAAGACACUUUGAACAUGAUUUCAGAGAGGUAAAACUGGAACUGGAUAAUCUGAUGGACGCGCAGGCUGGUUUCACAGAUAUUGGGGACAGCGUGACUCGAGUGGAGCACCUCCUAAAGGAACGGAAACAACUGGAAGAGAAAGGACAGGGACCUUUGGAAAAGGCCCAGUCACUAGCUCUGCAUGGAGACCAGCUCAUCCAAAACAACCAUUAUGCAGUCGACUCCAUUAGGCCAAAAUGUGUUGAACUCAGGCGUAUCUGCGAUGACUUUACCAAUGAGACCAAGAAGAAAUAUGAUAUUUUGGGAAAGUCCCUUGAGCUGCAUAAGCAGUUAGACAAGGCCAGGCAAUGGUGUGACGCUGGAAUCUACCUCUUAGCUUCUCAAGCUGUGGACAAGUGCCAGUCACAAGAAGGAGCUGAAACUGCGCUGUGUGACAUAGAGAAAUUCCUGGGAACCGCUAAGGAACACCAGUUGUCUAACCCUAAGGAAUUCUACAACCAGUUCAACAUGAUUCUAACCGCUGAAAUAAAGGCCAAUGUCCAAAAAGUUCUACAAAAACUAGAAGACGUGCAAGAAAUGUUUGACAAGAGGCAAGUGAGUUUGAAGAAGCUGGCAGCCAAGCAGACUCGGCCGGUACAACCUGUCGCCCCGCAUCCUGAAUCCUCCCCCAAGCGAGCAUCACCCAAGAGCACUAGACCAGCACCAUUAACUACCAAUAGGAGAUCAGCAGAAAUUCCCUGUCCACCAAAGUCCAUCUCUGAGGUAGAAUUAUCAAAAAAGAAAAGUAUUAAGAAGACUAAAGGCGGAAUUAAGAUUGAAGUGAUGCAUGAAGCCAGUCAAGGUGGGUCCAGCAGAGUCUUGGUGAUGAGUGAAAGCGAGGAGAAUCUUUCCACUAGGAGGAGCCACAUAAUAAAUGAACUGAUAGAAACAGAGCGGGUUUAUGUAGAAGAACUUCAAAGUAUAAUAGAGGGCUAUGCUUCAGAAAUGGACAAUCCUGACUUAAUUCAUCUGAUCCCAUCGGCUCUUCAGAACAAAAAGGAAGUUCUUUUUGGCAACCUCCCAGAAAUCUACGAAUUCCACAACAGAAUUUUCCUUAAGGAGCUGGAAAAUUGCAUUGAGAACCCUGAGCUUCUCGGUCGGUGCUUUUUAAAAAGAAAAGAGGACCUCCAAGUAUAUGAAAAAUACUGUCAGAACAAGCUAAGAUCUGAAGCCCUCUGGAGACAAUGUGGAGAUAGCCUCUUCUUUCAGGAAUGCCAGCAUAAACUGGAUCAUAAACUCUCACUAGAUUCUUAUCUCUUAAAGCCAGUCCAGAGGAUCACAAAGUACCAGUUGCUUUUGAAGGAAAUGCUGAAAUGCAGCAAGAAUUCUGAAGGCACCGCUGAAUUGGAAGAGGCACUGGCCACAAUGCUUGAUAUCAUCAAGUCAGUGAAUGAUUCCAUGCACCAAAUAGCCAUCACGGGAUAUGAGGGAGACGUGCAUGAGCUUGGCAAGCUGCUGAUGCAGGGCUCCUUCAAUGUCUGGACUGAUCACAAGAAGGGCCAUAGCAAGGUGAAGGACUUGGCUAGGUUCAAACCGAUGCAGAGGCACCUCUUUCUCUACACAAAGAUCCUGCUCUUCUGCAAGAAACGGGAUGAAAACACGGACGGCCAUGAGAAGUCUCCUUCAUACAGCUUUAAAAAUUCUUUAAAGAUGAGUACUGUUGGCAUCACAGAAAAUGUAAAGGGUGAUAACAAGAAGUUUGAGAUCUGGUAUAAUGGCCGAGAAGAGGUCUAUAUCAUUCAGGCAUCUUCCAUCGAGUUGAAAAACAUCUGGGUUUCUGAGAUUAGAAAAGUCCUGACAGGACAACUUGAAGCAUGCAGAGAAGCAAGCCAGCUACACCAAAGAAUCACAGAGAGCGUGUACCAUGCACCAAUGAAUUCCUCCAACUCAACCAGAUAUAGCAGGAAGUCGUCAACUGCGUAUGAAAAUAAAUCUGAGCCAACAAACCGGGAAACAUCUAACGACAGGAGCAGAAACUCCAGUCCCAGCACUAGAGAAAAAAGAGCUGAUGCUUCCACCAGCCUUAACCUUGAGUGCUCAGCUCUUGCUAGAAAGCGAUUCACAUUACAAGGUCUUUCCAACCGCAGAGCUCCACCUAAAGAUCCAGAAUCUAAAGAGAGAGACGUUACCCGUCGCUUUUCUCUUGCCUCCUCCAUCAGCACCACAGUCACCACAUCCGCUCUGACCAAAGGUCCCCUGGGUUCUGCAGUUAAAGUCAAGAGACAUGAAAUAAAGAGUGAUCCAACUCCCCUGGGGUUUGAAGACGCUUUUGAGAACGCCAUCUUAGCCCAGACUAAAUGUAAUGCCGGUUCCAUCACAAGACCAGUUCCCAGAUCUGCUUCACAGACAGGUUGGCCCAGCAGGCAGAUGCCCUCGCUAGACACCUUUGAGGAUUUUGAAGCCAUCCCAUCCAGCACGGAUGAACUCUCUAACUCUUCUGACAUGGAGGAAGAGGCCAAUCCUAACAAUGGGUCCAAUCUUUUACGGGUAGAAGGCAGUUAUGAAACCUGUUUCCCAGAGUCUCUCACUCUAGAAAAUGGAGAUUUAGUGCAUUUUGUACAGGAAGGAGAAAAUGGACAAUGGUUAGUAAAGAAGCUGGCUUCUGAGAAAAGCGAUUGGGUUCCUUCCAGUGUGUUACAGCCAGCAGAAGGCGAUAGCAACAGUAUCCUUAGGAAGAACAAUGCAGAAGUGUACAAUGAUACAUGCAGCACGACCCUGGCAGACACUGAAAUGAAAGAAAGUGAGCUGGCCAGAAGCUUAACGGCAGAACAGAGGGCUGGGAGUUGAACUGCAGGACAGGUUUUCCUCAGGACUCCUUCCUCUUCCUUAUUUGUUUUGAUGGAUGCUGGAUCAAGUCACCUUUCCCACAAGCUCUGAGCUUCAGACUUCAUUCCAACCUCAUUGACAGGAAAGCUGCUAGGUCCACGGCAUGAACUGAAAAACUGUAGAAGCAUUAAAAAUUCAAAUGGCAUCAAAAUCAUCUUCAGCAUUGAACAGAAACAAAUGCUUCUCGCAUUGUUUAUUGAACCAUUUGAUAGGAUGUGGCCUAAAUUAGGUCGACAGCAGAGUGGAAAGUUACUAUGCACUCACCUUGUGGCGACAUCGCUUGGACGUUGGGUUACUUCAGAAGAACAUGGUCACCAGUCACUGCUCCACCAUGGGAAUGUCUGGAGUUUUUCCGUUCAUUUGGCUCUGCUGCUGUGCCUUCCGCUGCCUCCCUUAAUUCCACUGUACAGAAAAUUAUAUGUUCAGUCAUUUCUAACUGAUCAGGAGCAGGAAACUGCAGGGUAGUGGUGGGGGAAAUACAAGUCCUGAAUCAAUGAAGCUUAGCACAGUGAUGGUGUGACUGCUUCCUCUCAGUGAAUGGCCUUCUGUUUACAAGAUCUUUGGAGGAGACAGAUUGGCAACUUUUGAAUAAGAGGUGGCGAUUCAGGGUUAAGCAGAAACCAAGAUGUGGCAACUAUUGUAACAUUUUGAAGUCUUUUUUGCAGUAUAAACAGAUCCUUUCCCCCAGUCUGUGGUUUUUGGAUCACAUCCCUCCACAUUUGGUGCUGAUAAUUCCGUUGAAUUUCAUUUAACAUUCUACAUUUGAGUAGACUGACUGCAUGCUGUACACUUCCUGUGUGUGCUGGACUCUGGAGUAGGUAUGGUUCAUCUCCAUAUGGUAUCAGACUCUACUUAGGCAUUUGCAAAUGGGCAGGUGGGCUUUAGAAGCACUGAGGAGUAGAUAAAGUGUUAUUGUUCAAUGCUUCUUUCCAGGAUAUUUUAUUAAAGACUGUACCAAAUCUCUGCAGCAUAAGGAUAUAAUGUAGAUCUGUAAAAUUCCUACAGAAACCAUUAGCUCUUUCAGAGCAGGUCCGACGGCAUUUGCAUGGAGGCAUUUUGAUGCAAAAUGGGAGUUUUAGAUCCCAAAAGCUGCUAGAACCUUAACUUUUGCAACUGUAAAUAUUGACCUAGGACUGUGAAAACAGAAAAAGCCUGGCCUGGAAGAAAUUACACUAGAGAGCUCAAAAGUCACUGAUUGAUUUUUGACUAAACAAGACCCUUUUUGUACCAUGAUUAGUGAUGCUCCAUGUCAAUUAAAGGCUAUCAUAGUUCUCAAAAGGGAGAAAAGGCUAAAGCGAAAGCAAAGUACUCAUUAUGAAUUGAUAACUCAGUGGUUUGAGCACUGG